UGCAAGAUGUCAACAUGGAUAAAGAAACUACGGAAGAAACGACGGAAAAUACCGCUAUUUUAGAAGGUGUUCACGCAGAGCAAUUUCGUCUGAGAAUUGUCACAAAUGAACAAGGGAAGCAAGAAUAUCAGGUGGUCAAAUUGGAGACCACCGGGAACUCUGGUAUGGUGAUGUCAAACGUUCCAGUUACCUUGCCGGACAAUGUCACCAUGCAUGUUGAUCAUGCUGGAAGAUUAACUCUUCAAGUGAGUGGUCCCAUUGAUGGCCUAGGUGACUUGGGAGGUGGUGGAGAAGUUGUCUCGGCCUCAGCAGGAGUUGGGGAGAUGCCAACAACACCCUUCAAGAAAUCAUCACCAAUGAUGGUAAUGCCCGGUGCGGAAACGCCCAGUAUAAGAACAGUAGACGGUGUCUUACAGAUGGGACGAGUCUCAAGUAUCAUGGGUAACGUCACAGACUGUCUGCGGAUAAUGCCCGAUGUCGAUCCUCUGGACUGUAUCAACGCCGCCAUGCAGGUCACACCAACAGUACCUUCUACAACGUCAGCUAACGCUAACUUCACCGACGUCAUUGCUGACAUCCAGGACUCUAUGCAGCAGGAGAGCCAUCCUUGCACCAUGAAUCUUGCCGCUGUUCAGGGUGCAGUGGGUAGCGUUGAUUCGGCUACAGAGACACUGACGGUCGGUGAUCCGAUGGUGACAUCAGAAGCAUUGAUUGGGUCCUCCGUCAGGACGAUGACGGUUAUGGCCAAUAUGAACUGGCCUACUGGGUCGGAGGUUGCAUGCUCUCUGUCGGGAUCGGUUCCAGUGGAUCCCAUAUCACUUCCAUCGCUUGUUAGUAUUGGAGUGCCAAAUGUUGAACUCACAACAACAGGUCAGCUUGUGAUCAGUCGAGGCUCAUUAAUGUACUCAGAUCAAUCCAGCAAUCUUCUAGCUCUAGACGCUCCUAAUCCUGAUGCUGAUGGUACAAUCAAACCAAACACAGCGGAGACCACUGUCAUUGAUCCUUCUGUACAGGAUGCAAACCAACCUGCUAUUCAACCAAAGGUCAAGAGAAAAGGUGGCUGGCCAAAAGGCAAGAAGAGAAAGACGGAUUCUUUGAAUGAAUCUAAUUUCCCCAAAGCUCCAACUACAGCUUAUUCAUCAUUUCUUAAUGAGCAACUUGGACAGAUUAGGAAGAAGCAUUCUAAGAAACCGUUUCCUGAGAUCAUCAAGAUAUUGGGUUCCAUGUGGACUAAGAUGACAAUAGAGGAGAAAAAGAAAUAUUUAACCGUAGCAGAGCUCGAUAAGAAACGCUAUAUAGAGGAGCUUCGUGCCUUCCAACAUAGUGAAACAUAUCAGACGUUACUGAGAAGACAAGUGGCUAAGAAGAUUAAAGAUCUAACAGGUGUUGAUGGUGCAACUAUCGACCCUGAUGUCAGUGCUUCAGUUCUGAAUGAAAUACAACUAGAGGAGGAUGAUCCGAGUGACUUACUCUGCAAAAUAUGUGAUAAGCUAUUCAGUACAGUGCACAACAAGAAAGAACACAUGUACGGCAAGCAGCACUUACUAACACUGACUGGAAAAUUAUGUCAAAUUGAGAAGGAAGUCCUUGAGAUGGAAAGCAAUAAUCAACAACUCAGCCACUCCACUUUACUGGAUCCCAACCAGGGGUUAGCAACGGGACCAUCACUACACCAUGGAGAAGGCCAAGCUACUGGGACCAGUGGACUACCGGGUACCGGUGCCCAACAACCUGCCGUAACAGAGAAGAUUGACAUUGACCAGUUCAAGGAAGGUUUCAUGGAACUAAAUCUUGAUCGAGAGAUAGAGUUGAGAGAACUGCGAUGUCGAGACCAGGAACUCUUUGAAGUGAAAAUGGAACUUAGCCAGCAAUAUCAAGAACUUGAGGAAACUCUAGCUAAGCAAAAAGUUCUUUCCAAUAAUCUAAAGAGGGUGAGUACGACUCUACGAGCUAAACUUGAAGAUCUACGGAUGGUACCGACAUUAUUUGGUGUCAUCAAUUUCUGACAGAGAGUUUCUUCACAUCUCAACCCCGGAGGACUAAGAAUAUUUCUUCAUUGCGCAAGUUUUGUUUCAUAGUUUCUAGUCUUUUCAAUUUUAUUCCAACACUGGUCUUGAGUUUUUCAAGGUGUUUCAAAAGACAUUGUUUACAGUUUUGGGGCUGUGUAUGAGAGAGGCCAUGACAGCUUCUUAGAGCUUAAAGGUGAGGGAUAAACUUAAUCCGACUUGGGCUGUCGACCCAACUCAACAUUCGCCAGGGACACGUUGCCACCUACUUCUGGGGCUCAAAACACGGUUACCCCCUAUUAAGCAUGGGUAUCAUCCACUAGAAGUCUGGUUGGUAGAGCAGAAUGCACUACCUUCCCAAGUGCCUUGCUGAAGAGAAGUGUCCAGGGUUCGAACCCACACCCUGCUGCUGUCGACACGAGAGCUUGGGGCUGGUGACCUAGACCGCUUGUCCUUGACAAGCCAGGUAGUGUUGGGUUCACCUGAUUCUUAAAAAAAUGGAGGAUCGGCACCAGGCAAUUCGAAAUUAAAUUUUUCUUUGCAAACCCAAUAUUAUAUUAUUUGACUUCUUUGAGGCUCAGAGUAGAACAUGUAAUGUUUCUCAAGGGGCUGAAUAUCAUGAUGUUUGCCUUGUUACCACAGAUUUAUCUGUGCAAAUUUUAAAACCAACUUUUAAAAAGACCCAUCAGACCAUGUAACACAAAAAGAGUGACUUUGCACAUUCCAUGGCCUUUCUGGCAGGCAAGAUUCUGGCAGGCAAGAUACUCUACUUGUCUAUGGUACUUUAAUUUUUUGUUUCAUAAUUUGAACACAAACAAAGUUAUAAAAGUAAUAGCUGAAUAAGCUUUGAGCCUUUGCUUCCUAUCAAAGGUUGAUACAAAUCUGACAGUGCACUCAAUGACGUAUCAGGUUUUUAUCGUUUACACUGGGCUGUGUACAAAUUGUGCCUGCAGAUAGUCCAUGCUCUGUGGCUCUUUUGUAGACAUGUGUUGUCUCAGAUUGCAUGGUAUAUAUUGCCAAGUGUGAUGUCUCAAAUUCCUAGUGCUCCCGGCAUCCAAAGACUAUUGAACUUGGCAUUCACACUUAUGUGAAUAAAUUGUAUCUAUUAAUAUUUCUUGGUCAUUAUUGAAUAGACCCCUUGGACAAAGCUGAACGCACCUCCAAACAAUGCACCUCUACCAUUGGGGAGUCGAUUCCUUUGUGCACAUUUUGACUCCCAAAUUGACCCCCAAAUUGGCAGAUGGACGUUUGUAGAUGCGUUGUGUGCUGUCCAAGGGGCCUGUAUAACACCCUGAUCAAUUACUGUAUAGUGUACAUAGUGCUUAAUGUAUAUGCACAUGAAUCCAGUUAAAACUGAGUAAAUACUUAUAAAUAUAUAUUUGAAACAGUA